ACACUUCCGGUUGUCAAUUAUAGCCAGUGCAUCGACCACUUUAGCCACGAGCGCAUCGUUACCGUACAUCGUUACGAUGCUAACCAAAAGUGUGCUUUCGUUUUUAGUGAUAGUUUUAGUACAUUCCGUCGUAACGAUCGACGUUGUAGAACGAUCUUCAUCCGGAUUCGCUCACCAAUGUGCUGCGUCAAACGAAAGAUGCAUGACACGGGUGAUGUGUGAUGUGGAACCACGUGCACGUGACCAACUCGUAUCAUGCCUUACCGCUGAUGGACUUGAUGGAUUGUGCUGUAGCUUCAAGAGCGAAUUAAGCCGCAAGAAACGUUCUCUGCCGUACGAACUGACCGAGGAACUGUUCAAUAAUGCCGUUGGAGAUGGACAUCGUGUCUACACCCGGAAGUUGGAAAACAUCGAUCGCUACCGAGAGGUUAUGACGAGCGAUUCCGCCAUGGAGUCGCUAGCGCACCGAUUCCACGGCUCAUCUUUCCCCGGUGAACUGAGCGCGGAAGAUCAGGCAGCUUACGAAGACGUAUUCGUAGCACGAUCCUUUGCCGAUGCGCUUAAUCUUACCAUCGAUGAGCGGCUCGAUCUUGAUGAGAUGAACCUGGAAAGCGUACAGCGAAGAAAGCGAUGUCUUCCUCCAAGACCCUGCGAUCCUCACGCAAAGUAUCGAUCGUUCGAUGGUACUUGUAACAAUCCUGUUCCGUCCCGAAGUACCUGGGGUGCAGCUGGUUACCCCUUCGAGCGUUUACUACCGCCGGCAUAUGAAGAUGGUGUGUGGGCUCCAAGAGUGCAUUCGAGAGUAUCCGGACGUCCCCUGGCCAGUGCACGAGACAUCUCGGUAGCGGUUUUCCCGGAUAAUGAUCAUCGCGAUCGCAAGUUUAAUCUUUUGCUGGUGCUUUUCGGACAGUUUAUGUCGCACGACUUUACACGUAGUGCUAGUGUGCGGAUGGGCAAGCAAGAAGUUCAAUGUUGCAAUGAGGAACACUCAGGAGCUUUGCAGGGUGAUCAGGCUCACUUCGCCUGUAUGCCAAUCGCCGUCAGUCCGUCCGAUCCCUUUUAUUCUCGUUUCGGCAUCAAAUGUCUGAACUUUGUGAGGUUAUCCCUUGCCCGGCAUGGUAAGUGUAAGUUGGGAUACGGUAAGCAGGUGAACAGAAUCACCCACUUCAUCGAUGGUUCCGUUGUGUAUGGUUCGAGUGAUGCAACGGCCGCUUCCUUGCGUACAUUCAACGGUGGGGGCUUGUUAAGUACCUUCCCGUCAGGCGAGGAACUUCUACCAUUCACCAAAAAUCGGGACGCCUGUGAACCUUGGGCCGAAGCAUGCUUCCGUGCCGGAGAUGAUCGGGCAAACCAGAUUGUUUCGCUCACGGAAAUACAUACUCUAUUCCUGCGGGAACAUAACCGAGUGGCAACACGCUUAGCGGCACUGAAUCGUCACUGGGAUGAUGAGCAGCUGUAUCAAGAAGCUCGUCGCAUCGUUGGUGCGGAAUUGCAGAAAAUUUUCUACAACGAAUAUUUGCCCACUAUCGUGGGCCACAACAAGGCACGGCAGUAUGGGCUGCUGGAUAGUCACAAAGGGCACACGGAAUUCUACAGCCCAGAAGUGAAACCGGCCAUCUUCAAUGAGCUUUCGGGAGCAGCAUAUCGAUUUGGGCAUUCUACCGUCGAUGGAGCGUUUUUGGUUCAACAUCGUCAUCGCCGUUCGGAACUGGUUCCAAUUCAGGAAGUGUUUCUCAACCCAUCCCGUCUGCUGGAACGAUCGUUUUUCGACGAUUUUCUGUUUUCGGUUAUGGAUCAACCGCAACAACAGGUUGACGAUUCCAUCACAUUUGGGCUGACGAGACUUCUGUUUGCGGGACGCAACCCGUUCGGAUCGGAUCUGGCCUCGCUAAACAUACAGCGUGGUCGUGAUCAUGCACUGCGCCCGUACAACGACUAUCGCAAAUGGGCCGGUCUGGGUCGUGUCGCUAGUUUCGAACAGUUUGGCCCUGUCGGUGCACGGUUGGCCAGUGUGUACGACUCUCCGGAUGAUGUGGAUCUUUGGGUGGGUGGAUUGCUCGAACCUCUGGCAGAGGAUGGAGCAUUAAUCGGUGAAACGUUCUCCACCAUCAUCAGCGAGCAGUUUGCUCGGCUUAAGUUUGGCGAUCGUUACUACUACACAAAUGGGCCGAAACAGAAUCCUGGCCAUUUUACCGGUGAGCAGUUGAAUGAAUUGCAUAAAGUAUCGCUCGCGUCAGUUAUUUGUGCAAACAUCGACCAUCCGGAAGGGUUUUCAGUACCGCCAAAUGCGUUUAAGCAGCCGAGUGAACACAAUCCGCCCGUUCCCUGCCAUGCGAUGGUUUCGAUGGAUCUGACUGCCUGGAGCAGUCACUAGGUUUGAUGUUUUACGUACUAUUUGUAGUAUGAGCCGUCUAUUUAUGUUCGUAUCGUAUUUUAAAUGUGUUUAUUUAACACUGUUUCAAUUUGUUGUGUUUGUUUAAAUAAAAAAUGUGCCAGUGAAGCACAAAAUGUUAUUGCAAAA